AUGUUGUCGAUAACAGAGGAGUACGAGAUAAUCGAUUGUACGCAACCCCAAAAGGUCGAACCCUCUCAACACCUCUCACUGCCCAAUAGAGUACAUAGAGCAGGAUCGAUCCUCGACGACCCCACAUUCCUUCGUUUCUCCCAAUACUCACAACCGUUAAAGUCACCUGCGUUUCAAUCAGUUCCAGUUCCGAAAGUCAUCCCUCCAUUUCCUUUUGGUGCAGCUCAUGCCGCCAUAGUCGAAGGGAUAGAUGAAGGGAUUUGGAGGGCCGUCAAUAAAGCCAGGAAGGAAGAGCGAAGGGAAGAAAAGAGGAUGACCAAGAGGCAAAAGAGGGAAGAAGGUCAAAGAGAGGUGUUGAGGAGGAUUAGUACUGGCUUGGAGGUGGUGUGUGUAGAUGACGAGGAAGGAGAAGGAGACGAGAACGGAGAGAUUCAAAUGCUGGAAGAGGCAUCAUAUCAGACUGGAACGACAGACGACGAGCAGAUAGCUUCACCCAUGACACCCUCCAUCAAAGGAUCAUUCCCUCCCCCUUCAGCAGGACCAUCAUCGACGACACCAAGGUCAUUUGAACCCCCUGCUCAGAAUACCUUCGACGAUCUACCUGCCACUCAGCCGGAAAUACUUGACCCUCUCGAAGAUAUCUCGAUUCCCAUCGACACAGAUCAACCUUCGUCUGAGGUACCACAGCCGCCCUCUGAACAAGAUAUCCAUGCCUCUUUUGAGGUGACGAACAACACCACUCCUGUCGAAUCUGGAUAUUCUACGUCAGAUGUUCUAUUGUCAGACCCAGCCGAAAUCGAGAUGACGAUUGCCGAAGAAGGGAGUCAAGUCUUGGAUGUACGAACGUCAUGUUCAUCAGAGAUAAUAGAUUCAACAUCAUCCGCUAUCCCUCCAGAGAUGGGUACCAUUCAAGAAACACAGACACGGGGAUCUCUUGACACGGCAGAAGUCAAGACUGUAAAUGAUAUCGUACGAGGUAGAAAUUCGUUAACACAAGGCGCAACUUCGACCGACGCAGGUCAUGUGGAACCGUCGGGCACUUCGCUAUCUUCCGAGCUUUCUGACAUGACCACCGCAUCCGAGGUAUCUCAGAGACUAGGACCAAUAUCCAAUCAUGAUGAACCCGAGAAGCGAGAUACCGGUUCGUCGUCUUCAUUCCACACUCCAUCUCCUACCCCAGCUUCUAAACGAGUCUCGACUGAACCCAAUGGCCGACUCACCGAUCCCGAUCGUUCCUCAGCUGGUUCCAUCCUCGAAACACCUACUAGACCAAGUGAUGAGGAAGAUAUCUGCCCUUCGUCUCGAUUUGAGGAAGAUUACUGGGAUAGCCCACUAGCUAAUCUAGGUAGAGGUGUGCCGAAACCCAGUAGGAAUCACAUCGAAGUGCCAUUCACCCCUGGCCCAUUUUCAUUCCCAUCUUCGAUGUCUCGGUUCUGCCAAAAGACAGUACCACAAUACGAUAUGAACGGAGAAUUGAACAAACCCGAUAUGAGAAAACCCGGAUACCUACCUACACCCUCACCAUCGCCUUCACCUACCAAGCUACCGAAAUCGAAUUUCAGAGGCCAUGUCAUUCCUGGUCAUUCAGCGCUUGGGAUAGGUAAAUUCUACUAA